GCGUCGCGCGGUGGACGUGCAGUUGUUCCCGCGAGUGUGACGUCAGUGCGCGCGUGCGUCGCGCGGCCUGAUCCACGGUAGGCCCGCCCAUGCGCUCCCGUGUGUUCGCUGUCAGGCAGCAAAGUGAGUUCCUGAGGAUCAGUCUCACGGCAUCCUAGUCCUCCCGUUGGACUUGGAUUUGCGCGUGUGUCGCACCCACUAGCACGGGGAAUGCUGCAGGCGAUGCAGUGAGGCGACAGCGCGCCGCUGGGCCAUGGCGCCGCGGCUGACGCUGAGGCGCGGCUACGUGCUGCUGCUGGCGGUCACGUGCCUGCUGUUCCUCGCAGUGAACCUGCACCAGCGGCAGGAGCUGUUCCCCGGCCGGCCCGCGCGCCGCCACUUGCACCACCGCGACCCCGCGCCGCCGUCCGCCGACCAGGCGCCGGACGCGGGCUGGCAGCGCGCCACGCCGGCCCCGGGGGACCUGCUGGAGGACCCGGAGGAGCAGGAGCCGGAGGAGCAGCAGUCCGCGGGCAGGCCGUGGUACCUGAGCGGCGGCUCGCGCUGGCCCACCGCCUCCAGCCCGGGCCGCCGCCGCCUCAAGCUGUGGCCCGCCGAGGACCCCGGCUCGGACCGCAUCACGCAGCAGCUCAUGUUCGUGCCGGCGCGCGCCGAGCAGCCGGAGCCCAGGCUGAAGAAGAUCCUGCUGUACAACGGGCUGGGCUCGUGGUCGCAAAUGGAGGCCGGCCGGGGAGUCUUCCUGCGCUCCAAGUGCCCCGUCGACACCUGCUCCAUCACGGCCAGCAAGGCCGAGGCGGGAGACGCCGCCGCCAUCCUCUUCAAGGACCACUUCAGCAACCCGAGCCACGCGCGCCCGCCGCACCAGGUGUGGAUCCUGUACUUCCUGGAGUGCCCGCACCACACGCAGCACGUGAAGCACAACGACGUGUUCAACUGGACGGCCACGUACCGGCGCGACAGCGACCUCGUGGCGCCGUACGAGCGCUGGGCCUACCACGACGACGCCGUGCGGGAGAACCCGCUGGGCGCCGACCGCAACUACGCCGCCAACAAGACGCGCAAGGUGGCGUGGUUCGUGUCCAACUGCAGCGCGCGCAACCGCCGGCUGCAGUACGCGCGCGAGCUGCAGAAGCACAUCUCCGUGGACGUGUUCGGGGCGUGCGGGCCCAAGAAGUGCCCGCGCUCCUCCGCCACCAAGUGCUUCGAGCUGCUCGACCGCGACUACAAGUUCUACCUCGCCUUCGAGAACUCCAACUGCAAGGACUACAUCACCGAGAAGUUCUUCGUCAACGGCCUCGGGCACAACGUGCUGCCCAUCGUGAUGGGCGCGCGGCCCGAGGACUACGCGCGUGCCGCGCCGCACCACUCCUACAUCCACGUGGACAUGUUCGCGUCGCCCAAGGAGCUGGCCGACUACCUGCACCGCCUCGACCGCGACGACGACCUCUACAACUCGUACUUCCGCUGGAAGGGCACCGGCGAGUUCAUCAACACGUACUUCUUCUGCCGGCUGUGCGCCAUGCUGCACGACGACUUCCCCGCCAAGUGGUACCGCGACGUGAACGACUGGUGGCGCGGCCCGGGCACCUGCACCGCCGUGUCGUGGAGGAAGAGCCGCGCCCCCGGCCCCACGCGGUGGACGGCUUGACUGUGGGGAGCGCUGAGGCUGUGUUCAGGCAAGGCAGUGUUCGGGAAGUGUGCGGGCGGCAGCCCAGAGGGCUCUCGGUGCGACGACGGCAGGGCAAGCGCGCUCGUGUGAACGAACCCAUGUGUCUUCCUCGAAGAAGAAGUGCUGUCCACUCUCUGGACGGCGACGGUGUGGGUGACUUCUUGUGUCUGUGUCUGUGUCUGUGUCUGUGUCUGUGUGCCCUUGCUGUGCUCGUGUGUCCCGCGAGCCACACCUCGACCGGGCAGCGUGAAGCCGUGUUGCCAGCAUUCAAUUUUAAUUUAAAUUCCGAGCGCGUACUCAGUCCUUUCCAAUGAUUCCAACAAAGUGGCGGGGUCACAAUUUUAAUUUGACUUCCCACAAACCAAGUUAUAGGAACGCAUAGGUCCGGAUGUCGCAGUCACGUGCUCCCGGCUCAGCAUAUGAGGUUACGGCAGCGGAGUUACAGUAUUACUUAAAUCCUGGAGUCUGAGACCCAGUGAUUCGGGUCUGCCUCCAAUGGAAGUAAAGGAGUGUAUUUUUUAAGAUUAUGCAUAGUAAGAUUCACCCAAGUAAGCAAUCAAUUAAGUUCUCUGCAGGGCAGUUACGUAAGACGUCAUUUCACCAGGGAGAAUAUUUUUUCGCAUUUUCUGCAUAUAAUUUAUAACAGCACUUAAUGUUUUUUUUUUACAUACCAAUUGUUUUUAAUUAGUUAGCUAUAACAUUAUGUUAUCAUUGUGAAAUAUAUAUAUAUAUUUUAACAUCUUUACAGCUAGUAUAUAUUUAGUUAACUAAGCACUCUUAAGUUAAGCACUCUGGAAAAAUUUCUGAGAGUGAAUACGAGUUAGUUAAUUUUCAAGCAUCACAUAUUAAAAGGAACCAACGUACCGAGACACCAUAUGUAUUGUGAUUAUUGUUCACAUAUGUAGUAAGUAACCACUUUUCUUAGUUUCAACAUAGACUAAACUAUUUGUGCUGUUUCUCUGUGAACCUAUGAACACUGUUAUUAUUUCUGAGACUGUGCUGUGAUCACUUUGAUGUGUCGUCCAACUGUUGGUAACACUGGCAGACAGCCUUCAAAUGUGUCGUCUCGAAGGGCACCCGAGCGCGAGGCUAUACCCGACAAGUCAGCCUCUCUCAUUGGCCGCUUGUCGAGUUGCACUGACAAGCGUACAACACUGCAUUUAGUAAGUGGCAAGGCUUGGGACUUUUCCAGUGGUUGAAGCUUGCGCCUUGUUUUUCUGUUAUAUGUUGAUGUAUAUAUGUACAUGUACACACUUAAUGGUAGUUAGUGAUACAAUUGGUUGAAAAAACGGGUUCGAAUAGACACACACACAUUCCCUUGUCUUCGAAACCCACCCGUAGACUGUAAAACUAAUUCUGACUGUGUAGUUCAAUUCUGUUUACUCGACUGAAGUAAUGGUGGUGCUUUAAAAACCAAAUAAGUAUGUACUUUUUGAAGCUUAAUAAAUUGCAAAGCAGAAAUUAAAUAUGCGGUAUAAGAGUUUUAGACACAUUUCUGUAAAGUUGCAUAAACAUUGGAAAGUGCAGUAGGUAGUACGUAUUAAUUUUUUUUUUUUUUUUUUUUUAACAUUUAUGAAAAAAAAUUGUUUGCUGUAUUGAGAUGAUCUUUAAAACCUUGAAAAUACUAAUCAAUACAAUGUAUGAUGAUGUUUUUUACUUAGUACUAAGCUUGGCAACUGGCAAUGUACUGAAUCAUGUUCUACAACUCAUAAUAAUUCCAUCUUAAUUCAAUUUCCAGAGGUUAUUACUCAUAAAUGGGGUUGAAUACAUCUGUAAAAUAAAGCUGUUGAGAAUAAAUACUUCAGGAUCGCUAUUUAUAAAGUUACACAGUAAAACCAAGGGGCAAUUUGAGUAUCAUUAUGUUUUUGUGAUCACAGACAAGCUCAGGUAAGAUUGAAAUGUUCUAAUUAAAAAGAUUAAAUAUAUUUUUUCAUACAAAAAUUUACAAAACUAAAAUUAUUUACAAUAUUUCAAACAUAAAAUACCCACACCAUCAUAAUCUUACAGUUUAAAACAUUUCAGAAUGCCUCUUUUAAUUGUUCAAUUAUUCAGGUCAUAUGAUUUAGUUGAGUAAUAGUAGGAUUAAAAUUGUCAUAUAAUUUAGUAUAAAGUUGAGGUGUAUUUAUUGCAUUCCCCUAUCGAAAGUUAAACAUUCUGUUUAGGAAUUUCCAACCUUUCAGUUAUAACUGUAAAAAUAUUCAUUUUGGCCAAUUUUACUGUUAAAAACUGGUGAAUAAAUUAAUAUAGAAGAAUAAACUACAUAUGUAUAAAUGUGCCCGGUUUGAAAAACAAUUUUCAAUUUCUAGUGAUUGCUAACCAAACAACAUUUAGUGAUUAUGUUUAAGUGGUGAACAUGGCCAACCAAUCAGAAUGAUUCUGCAAUGGAAUGCCGCUGCCUUAUGCAGUAUGGCCGUAAACAGACAAAACACAAAACAUUAGUUUGUAGUUUGUAGCCAAGGAAUGAAAUUUUCUACAAUUCCCGGGCGGGAAUCGAACCCAAUAACGUUGGCCGAUGAGCCAGAAGUUCCGACCAGUGAACCAAAUAGCUCUAACAUAACUGAAUGCUGUUUAUAAAAUUCUUUUCCUGUGAAAUAAUAUCUAUAUUUUUUUUCAAUUGUUGAUUUUACAAAUAGUAUGUAAUUUUUUUCAAACAAUUUUAGGAUGGGUUUAAGCUCCAAGAUUCAUUUUUAAAGUAACUACUUUAUUAAGCUUUUAACAUUGAAAUAUUUAAAUGUUACAGCAACUGACUUCUUGUUGCAUAAAUGAUAUGUAGAUUAUUUACAUUUUCUGCUUCCCAAUUUGAAUGGUGGAGAAAAUACAUGAUGUUUCAUUCUUUAUACCACAUAGUAAAAAUACCCUGCACUUAUAAAAAUAAAGGUGGAUCAAGAUAUAAAACCUUUGUUUAGUGUUUUUGUUCUAUCAGUAGUUUUCAUUAAGAAAUGAUUUCUUUGUACCAUGUAUACAAAUGUGUUAAAGCUGCACCAAAGAACUAAAACUUAUAUUUAUAAAUAUUUUAUCAAUGUACUUAAGUAAAUGUUGUCUUCUUUGAUGUUAGCUGUUGUUCUGACAAGAAAUAUUUUAUCUUUAAACAUUUAUAACUAUUUAUUAGCGAGUAAAAUACAUAUUACAUGCAAAAUUAAAUAUUAUGUACAAAGAGUAGGUUUAGAUUUAAAACUAUGUACAUUUUAAAAAUUGGAACCAUAUUUAGAAGAAAUGGAAAGAAUAUCUAGUCAGGGAACUAUUUCAAUUAGAAAAACCAAAAAUGCAAAGUUAAUGCAAGGGAUGUGGUUAGAUUCCAUUUUUACUUCAGUGUAAUGGCUGUUAUUAAAAAUGAUGUGGUCUUAGAGUAAGUAGGUAGGUAGUUUGUAUGGAUUUAUAAAAUAAUAUUUUGAAAUUUUUAUGAAAUGAAAAUGUUUGUAAUUAUUAUUUAUAUAUGUUCUGUAUUUUCAUCUCAAAAUAUUAUACGCACAAUGUUACACAAUUUAUGUUAAUGUGAUGUGUUUUCGUAUGACUGCACUGUCUUUUGUCACACGCACUACCUUGUUUGGCUUGUUACAACAUUGUUAACAACAUGACUUUGUAGUCUUGUUUGGUUUUAUCUGUAUGGGUUAUGGUACUUACUCCCUGGAGCAAUACUGUGAUGGAUAAUGCAAGAAUGAUAGUUUCUUUUAAGCAUGGGCACUGUGAUACAAAUUUUGUCAGUGAUCAGAAAAUAAAUCACUAAGGUGGUACUAUGUUUAUUUAUAUUCUGUAGUGCAAGCAUAUUCUGCAUAUUCUGUGAAAACAUAAUCCAUACUAAAGUUGUAUCGUUGUAUAAAGGAUUCACAGUGCCCCAAGAAGUGAUUCGUUAAUUCUGACAGCCCUGAGUUGGAACCACAUUGGUUCAGAACCAACCACAGUCCUUGUUAGGGGUGUAGCCUGGAUUUCACUUCACUGGGGGAUAUAUUUUUUCUGCCAAAAAUUGAAAUACCACUUAAUGUUGUUUUGUUUUUUUAAAUCCAAGUUACUUUCAAUUUGGCAAAAUUAAUUCAUAUAUUUUGUGUAUAUUUUGCCAAAUUGAAAGUAAAUUGGAUUUAAAAAAAAAAACAACAUUAAGUGGUAUUUCAAUUUUUGGCAGAAAAAAUAUAUCCCCCAGUGAAGUGAAAUUAAUUCAUAUAUAUAUAUAUAUAUAUAUAUAUAUACAGAAGGUACUGUAAGUAAAGUGUGGUUCCAAGAGCCAUAAAUAACUCUUUCACAAGAUUUAAGGGGAGAAGGGUAUACACAUAAUAUCAUCCCUUUUGAUUAGGGCUUUCAUCCUGAUGUCAUUGCUUGUGCAUAAUAAGUGUGACAUGAAUUGUUCGCUGUGUGUGCUGUAGAGUGCUCAACCUGCUUAGACAGGUACUAAUGACUUUCCCACACUCUCUAAUGAUUGAUAGUCAUUAUGUUAAAAAAAAGUAUAUUUUUCAAUUAAUGCUACAAGCCAAUAUUUUUUUUUUAACAAGCAGGAGAAUCUUGUACUUACUAUAUCUUAUGUCAUAAAUAAUUUAUCAGAUCUUAUAAAGUGAGUUUGCGAAUUAUUGUUGUAAGAGUUGUUUUAAUGUGACUGAAAACAAGUUAUUACAGUCGGAAAACUUCAAGGAGGAAGCAGGGAGAUAUCCCCCCUCCCCCUGAAAUCCUAAAAAAAAUGUAUUAUUCCCACAAACAAAUAACCAAUUUAUAAUUUGAAAGCAAACAGCAGGAAAUGUGAUUAUUCCUCCCCCCCCCCCCCCCUUUUUUUUUCCACUUGAAAUGAAAUUCUGCCUAUUCUCCUGUUUUACAGCAGAAGUAAGUAUGGGCACACAGACAAUUAUAUUUGGGGCACUGUCCUGGACUGAAUACGACAAAUUCCACGUAAAUCUAUUGUAGAUGGAGUGAUUUAACCAGUCCAUAUUCUGUAUCCAUCAUUUUUAUACUCAGGUGUGUAGGAGAAAUCAAGUGAGGUAUUUGUUGGCAGCAGUGUUUCAUAGUAAAAUGGUUUUGUUUGCUCAGAAUAUGCAGGAUCUUUCUGCUCUACUUUAUCAGGUAUCAGGUAAAGAAGUCCGUUAAUAAGUGGCAUGAGAAAAUUUUUUAAUGUGUUAUUGUGUACAUAUUUAAUACACAGAACAAAAAGCACUUCAAAGGCUUAGCACUGCUUUAAGUAAUAAGGUAUUUCCUGAGGUAUUUUUUUUUAGAAACAGUUAUUUUUGAUUGAGAUUCUUUAAAAAAAAAAAAAAUUCAGGUUAAAUAGAAGAAGAUGUUAUAGUUUUACAUUGUACUGUAACAACUACUUUGACGCUCAGAUUUCAGCCGAAAAUAAAAUAAAAAUUGGGACUAUUUUUUCUCCUUAAUACAUAUGUAAGUUUGCAAAGUAUUUAGUAAUAAUGUACAAUUAUUUGUCGUUUAAGCACAAAUUUUAUUUUUGCAACUUUUACGAUGCCAUUUAUAGCCAAUUGCACAAUAUUUUGCAGUUAAGAGUAUUUUUUCUUAACAAUUUGCUACAGAGAAAUUGACCAAGAAUAUAAAUUACAAGUAAAAAUCAUAAAUUACUGUUAUCUUACAUUCUUUAGUCUUUGCAGUUUUGCAUAAUUUAUUACUGUGGUUAAAGUGUUGUUGUAUCUAUUUGAUAGUGUUUUUGUCUUGGGUGGUAAUGUUCAGUGAACAUUUUUUUUAAAUAUCACAAUAUUGAUAUAAUAUACAUUGGUUUUCCGAAACUCAUAGAUACUUAUAGGUACUAGUAUUUAUUUCAGUGGGUGUUUUAGUGUCAAAUUAAUUGUAGCCUAUGUUAGGCUCUGUCAUGUGUAUUAUUGGAAUGGCUGAUUGGAUAUUAUAUUCAUAAUUUUUUUUAAGUCAUUUUAUUAAUGGUUAUGUGCUAAUGUCGCAUAAAAAUUGCUAUGAUAAUUUUAGUUUUAACUUUUGGAUGCACAAAACUGUGUAAGAAUUCAAAAUUUACUGACAACAUCUGAAUUGUUCACCUAUAUAGGUAGUCAAAGUUAAAGGAAUAUUGGCUUGGAAAUAAAAAAAACUGUUAACCUGUGAGAAGUGUGUUCGUCAUGCACAAAAGUAUAUAAAUAUAAAUGAACAGUACCACAGUAAUUAACUAGCACACGCCACAAUCUUGGAUUAUAAUUGUACAAUUUGUUAUAGUAAUUCUUAACAACCUUAUGUAGCUAACUCCUAUUGUAUAAAUGACCUUGAAAACAUGCCCACUUCAAAUGUAAUAUUUGCGUUUGUGUCAUACAACAAUGACUUAUAAAUGCAGGAAAAAAAAAAUUGUAUUUGUAAACAAGAUUUUGUAUAACCACACUCAGUUAUUAUAAGAACUAUAAAUAUUACUUCAAAUAUUUCCCAUUGAACAUGUGACUGUGUAAAUUUUGUAAUAAUUUUAGUGCCUAGUAGUGCUUCCAUAGUGUAGCAAAUACUAAAUUACCUAAUUAGGACGUGGAUAUUACUAAAUGAUUUGCUCGAGGCGGUUUAUGGAUGAAAUAUUAAUUCAGGCAAGUGUGAAGCAUCAUUUCAUUCCUCAUUGAGAUUGAAGUUAAGGGAAAUAUUAUUGCAUGCCUGCACUCAUGUUCAAAUACAUGGACAAUAAGUUUAUAAUAAAUGAAAUUCUUUCUCGAAAUAAAAUAAAACUUUUACAAUAUAACUGACCGUUAAAGGAAGCCGUACAGUGAUAGACUGAAACACAAUUCACUAGAGCUGAUGAUGUGUUUGUCACUGUUUUCUUCUUAUUUGUCAUAGCAGCUUGUGCAGUAAAAGUUCAUCCCUGACAUCAUCUGAAAUGUGCACCUAUAUAGUCAAAGUUAACGGAAUAUUGGUUUGGAAAUAAAUAACCGGUUACCUGUGCAAAGCGUGUUCUUCAUCCACCAAAGUAUAUGAAUAUAGAUGAACAUAACCAUAGUAACGAACUAGCACUAGCUUGCGGUAAUGUCAGACAAACAAUAUUAACUUUUGAAAACGUGCUGAGUUGCCCUUGUCGUAAUAAACACAUUCCACAUGGCAGGUGCCUUCCCUCUAGUGACAGGUGUUCGAUUUGUCAGCAAUUCUUAAAAACAAGAAGUAAAAAACAAAUUUGUUGUGGAAGCAUAAUUUUUAGUACAAUAGCAAAUUAUGUAAUUAAAAGUCUCAACCCAUUCUGCCAUGCUCCCUCCAGCUCUCAGCAUACAGGACAAGCGUCACAGUAGUUCUAAUGGCCGGUUGUGAAACAUCUGUAAUUCAUUUGGCUACACCCAAGGUCGCUCUCACCUGCCGCGUUCAUUUUUUUUUUUUAAGCUUUCCGUCAUUGAAUUUGUUUAAGGGCUAUUUCUAAAACUUUAACUUGUAAUAUCAUGAGUGUAAAAAGGUGUGCAUGUCUUUGUAAUUAAUAUCACUUGCGCAUAAUUUUACACGUAUGAUAUUACACUGAGUGAGUAUCUGCUGAAAAUAUUUGUGGCAGAACGACUAAUGCAAGGGAGGUACCGAGUUAGAAAUAGCUCUUAAAAAAAUUAAUGACAAAAACUAAAAGUUCAGCCUCGAGGACGGGCCAGUCGAACCCGCGAACGCUCUGAAUCCUCUGAAUACACUGAAUAUCUAUUAUUUGAAAUAUUUGAGAUCCAAUGAAAAAUAAAAACAUACACAUUGACGGAAAAUUAGUAAAUUAAAAAAUUCAACACUAUUUGCACUUUCCCGUACAUAUCUUAUCACCAUUCAUAAGAGUUCGUACUUUUAAUAUGUAAUUCUACCAAAGUACGUAAAUAAAAUCAUGAUUUAUAUCAAUUCGGAAAUUUUUUGUUUAUGACAUGUACAUUCGAAGGAUUGUUUCUUGCCAUUAUUUUAUUUUUUAUCCUUGAGACCUAUAUUUGGAUUCGAAGGGUAUAUUCAAUUACAAUAGAAAACAGGGAGUCAAAUGAGGCAGCAGUAUUGAAAUGUGGUCGGCUGAACUUCUCUUCCACAGAUCCGACAUUGGAAAGCUAUAUACAGAUGGUUUGUGUCGAAACACAUUCUCUACAGCCCUUGAGACUUGUAAGUGUACAAGACAAAACUGUUGCAUUGUUGGAAAUAUAUUCUAGUGACUUUACUGGUAAAAGUCAUUCUAAUUUACGUAAAAUAAUUACCAAUUAAUUUUAGAUGUCGUUAAUUGCAAACAAAGAUUCUUUUUUUAACACAUUUAGUCUGAGAAGAAAUUUCUGGAAUAUAUGUACUGCCAAAACUGAGCAUGUGAAUACUUUAAUAUUAUUCAAAAUGUCCAGAUGGUAGUUUUUUUUUUUUACAAUUGAUAUCAAUUGUCCAGAUAAUCCUGACUGUAUGUAUGAUAAGGUUUUUUUUUCCAUAUCAUAUAAAGAGAGUUGUUACACUUGUUGGAGUAUCUCCUUAAUUUGUUGUCUAUAAUGUGGAUAUUCCAGUACUUUUGCUAAAGAUAUUUAUGCAGGUUUGUACUUAAGUGAAUAAUGAAUGCAAGAUUUUUUUUUUGUGAAUGUAAAUACAGUGAAUAAAUUAUGAGUAUGGUACGGUAUAUGUUAACAGACUGUUGCAAGUUAUCAUUAAUGAUAUGCAUUUUAUUUUCACAGUUUAAAGUAUUGUUGCCUCCAAGUUCGAAUCAAGGAAUUUUUUUUAGCAUUUUUAAAUUAUUAUUUAUACAGCACCCUGCACAAUCCUCACUCUGUAGAGGAACAUUCAGAAUAAUGCUCAGCAGGACAAGGUCUGUGUAUUACAUUACACACAAACAUCCUGCAAGAUUCUAGCACAAAAGUAUUGUUAACAGUUGGGUCGAACAUGGCUAGUCAGUGUUUUGUUAAAUAAUAUAUUUUGUUAUAAACUGAUUAUUUUAACAGAUGCAAUAAAUUUCUAGUCUUUGUUAUUUAUUUCACUGAUAGCUUACAGCAGUCAGAUUAAGUAAGUACUCUUUAUGGUGGGGUGUUACUGUUACAAAGGCUUACAAUAAAAGCUGUGUACAUAUUAUUUGAAACAUUCCAUGUUACCAGUAUUUUCUGGAAAUAAAUUGUAUAUGUUAAAUAAAA